GGGAUGGGCCUGUUUGGCUAUGGGGUUCUUUCCCCCCGGACCACAAUUGAGGUUGCACAAUUCAAAAGUUCUCUGUCGUCGCGCAUUCGUGAUACUGGCUACUUCUAACGUGUUACAAUUAUUCUUAAAAUACUACUAUGUUUACAUAAGUUGUGCUAGCUGAUUGUUAAAAACCACCAGUCCACGUUUUAAGUUACACAAGGGAUCAGUUAUGACUGCCAACAAGGACAACAUCCGCGCUGGAUGUAAAAGAUGUGGAUAUCCGGGGCACUUGACGUUUGAGUGUCGCAACUUCCUGCGUGUGGACCCUGGGAAGGACAUCGUGUUGGACGUGAGCAGCACCAGCACUGAGGAGAGUGACGUGGAGGAGCAGGGACAGCAGAGGAAGGACAAGCCUCGCAGACGCUCCCAAUCCAGGGGUUCAGACGACGAAAGAAGACGCCGUAAAAAGAAGAGUCGCGAAAGAUCUCACAAAAAGGCAAAAAAGAGGUCAUACUCAUCCAGCGACGAAGAAGAGGAAGAGGAGCGGAGACACAAGCACAAACACAAGAAACACAAGGCUCACAAGAAGAAGGACAAAAAGAAGAAGGAGAAAGAGAAGCGUCACAAGAAGAAACACAAGUCCAAGGAAGAGUCCUCAUCCGACAGUUCUACCUCCUCCUCCGGCACCGAUUGAUGCGACAGUUGAUUGAUUGAGAAGACAAUUUCAGCGUGUGUGUGUGCCAGUUGGUUAGCCAUUCAGACCCCUCAACACACAUGCUGUCAACCCUGAAUUGUAAUGUAUUUUGUUUUUUUAAAAGUAGAGAUCAAAUCUUCUGUACCUGAAAACUGCCACAUUUUGACCGUUAGGGAAGCACCACUGUUGAAAGCAAUACAGUGUUCCUGAUCUCAUCAUGUCAAACAGCGAUAACAAGGACAACAUGUGUUGAGAAAGCCCAGUCUGAUAUUAUUCUUUUCUGUGAAAACUCCGCUGGGGUGUAUUUCCAUGUUUUGUAAUUCGAAUCCAAUAAAAAAAUCCUGCUUCUCCAUUCCAAGAA